CUUCAUAAACCCCACCAACCCCAAAUUGGGCAUUCCUGCUCCUUCUGCAAUUCACAAUCUGAGAAACAAUGACGACGAGCAGUGACGUGGAGGCCGGAUUCGCGAAGCUCCAAGGCGAAGACUUUGAGUACUACAUGCAGACCUACUCCAUAAUCCUGGGCCGCAACUCCAAGAAAUCGACGGUGGACGUCGACCUCUCCAGCCUCGGCGGCGGAAUGAACAUCUCCCGCCACCACGCGCGCAUCUUCUACGACUUCACGCGCCGCCGCUUCGCUCUGGAGGUUCUCGGGAAGAACGGGUGUCUCGUCGAGGGGGUUCUCCACCUCCCCGGAAACCCUCCGGUCAAGCUCGAUUCGCAGGAUCUGCUUCAGAUUGGGGAUAAAGAGUUUUACUUUUUGUUGCCGGUGAGGAGUAUUCUGGGUGGGCCUAUUGGGCCCAGGCAUUACGCCGCGGCGGUCGGGGUUUCGGGCUCGGCGGGCACGGCCCAUUAUGGAUAUGGGCAUCCGGGCGCGUCGGCCGGGUCGGUGGCGAAGAAGAGUAGGGGGAGGGAGUUUUAUGAGGACGAAUAUGAGGAUGAGGAUGAUAUUGGCGGCGGCGGCGGUGGUGGUAGUGGCAGUGGGAAGAAGAGGAGGGAAGGGUAUGAGGGUUAUGGGUACAGUGGUGGGCCGGGUUCUGGAUCGGGCACCAAGUCGGGUUCUUUGGCUUUAGAAAAGAAGGGAGAUGGAAGAUCAAGGGUUGAUCGAGACAGUGACAAUCAGCAACUUCUGCAUUUGGAAGAAAAGGAUGUGGUGUCAUCUGUUGCUACGGUGCUCUCUGAUCUUUGUGGUCCUGGCGAAUGGAUGCCUAUGGAGAAACUGCAUGCUGAGUUGGUGGAACAGUAUAGUGGUGUUUGGCAUCACACUCGAGUGAGGAGAUAUCUUACUUCUGAGGACUGGCCUGGUCCCGAAUCAAAGGGGAAACCAUGGUACGGCUUGCUUAUGCUGCUAAGGAAAUACCCAGAACAUUUUGUCAUCAACACAAGGUCUAAGGGUCGUGUAACUCUGGAAUUUGUAUCUCUUGUUUCGUUGAUUUCAUAAAAUGGUGAGACGUCACAGCGAGCUUUUGUGAUGCUGGUAAUUUACAAUGGAGUUUAUCCAGAAAUGAGAUUCCUUUUCUGUAAAUUGGUGGCAGGCCCUUGGUUGAUUGCCCAAAUUUGUACAACUAUUGUAAGUCGCUGUCGAGCAGUAUUAAGAAAUGUGGUAUCCCUGCUUGGAUACAUGUAAUCUAAUUUGCAAUGACAUUUUCUGUACAUGACAGUUGUUGCAUUAUUUAUCCCUUCGAGUCUUGGGCAAUGUUGUUCUCUUCCAAUUUAAUGACUCUUGUAUGCAAUUCCAGCCAGAAUUUCAUAUAUCAAUUUGUUGGAAAGUUUCAUCACC